UAGUUUGUAUAUAUAUGAUACUUGUGAUAAGACUACAGAUGGGAUACUUGUAAUAGUAGUGAUAGUACAUACAAUCCGUAAUACCGCAUAAAUAAAGGACUUAGGAAUUAAAAACUUCUCAGAAAAGAUUUUUAUAAAGUUACAAGCUUUUUAAAAUAUGAGAAUUCUUUUUGAAACGCGUAUUUCAUAAAUUUUCAAAAAGUGUGUGUACUGUUAAAAUUGAGAUUACCUUAUUAUAGAUAAUAAAAAUUAAUUUUUUUUGUAAAAUGAAAAAAUGCAGACUUUAUUUGUUUUAAAUAAAUCUUCGUAAUGUUUGUGUACUUUUAAAAAACUUUCAAUUGUUUAUAAAUGUUACUUGGCGUACAAUGUACAAUACAUAAAGUACAGAUUCAUGAAGGUUAUGUUGUUAUAAACAGAAGUGUUUAAGAAAUGGCCAAAAUAUUAAGCUUUUUCCGGACUAUACGAAAUAAUUGGAAAAAAUCUCUGGUGGCAUGUGCAGCUGUAACAUAUGGAAUUUCAUAUGGCAAGGAAGUAUACGAUGCUAACCAAUUAAUGAGACAAUAUUGUGAAAGUGUAUCACAAUAUGGUGAUUUUCCACUUCCAACAAAUAUAAAACCACGCCACGUAACCAUUAUUUUAAAUCCAACUGCUAAAAAAGGGAAAGCUAAAAAAUUAUUUCAAAAUUAUUGUGAACCACUUUUGCAUUUAGCUGGAAUUGCUGUAACUGUAAUACAGACAGACUCACAAAAUGAUGCUCGUAAAAUUAUAAUGGAUUUAGAUACACCUACUGAUGCUAUCAUAGUUGCAGGAGGAGAUGGUACUUUAUCUGAUGUUUUAACUGGAUUAGUAAGAAAAUAUGAUCUCAAUCUUAAUUUAGUCAAACAGUGUCCCAUUGGUAUUUUACCAUUGGGACAAACAAAUAAAAUUGCAAAAUCUUUGUACCAUGAAUAUGAUGAUCUAUCUGAUAUAAAACAAGUGAUAGAGGCAACAAUGGCAAUUAUACAUGAGAAAUCAAAAAUGAUGGAUAUGAUUGAAGUUAAAGCUAUUGAUAAUAAUCCCGAAGAACCUGCAAAACCAAUUUAUGCUAUGGGAACAGUGGAAUGGGGUGUAUGGAAAGAUGCAAAUGCUUCUGCUAACAAGUAUUGGUACUGGGGAUUUUUAAGAAAAUAUGUGACUUAUGUAUUCAAUGGUUAUGAAGAGAAUUUAAACAAAUAUUGUGAUGCAGUAUUAAAAUAUACACUUCCUUGUGAAGGUUGUUCUCGUUGUAGUCAAAACAAUCUAAUUUCUAAUUUAAAUACAAGGUGGUGGCAUGUAUUUCUACCAAGAUACAAUGCCUCCAGAGAUAGCAUUGAUUUUAGUAAAAGAAUAAAUGAAAAAUGUGACGUUCUCCAUGAACUACCUAUAUCAACUUGUGAAUUGCAUGUAGCAACUUCCAAUAUAGACAAGUUACAAGUUGAAUCAUCACCACCAUCUUUAAAAGUGAAAAUUGGUCCAAAGGAUAUCAAUUACUUUUCUUUCGUGUCUGAAGGUUGGAAAAAAGAAAAAAGUAAUAAAUCAUUAUGUAAUCAAAUAGUGGAAGCCAAGAAAAUUGAAUUAACUCCGCAAAAGACCGAUAAAAAUCAUACAUUAUACAUUGACAAUGAGGAGUAUGAACUAAAGGCAGUUGAAAUUAAGCUGCUUUCGCAGGCAGUAAAAGUAUUUUCUUCUGAACUGAACAGUUAACAAAAUAUAUAUAUAUAUAUAUGUAAAUAGAAUUUAAGAUCUGUUUAUUUGUUUUAAACCUUUAUGUCUUAUUAUAUUGAAAAAAAGUAAACCAGUAAAAAAAUUACCAAAAUUUUUUAUUAUUAUAAUAUAUCAUAAAUAUAAUUUAUGAUUGCUUCUAAAUGUAUACUGUUAUCACUUGAACAUGACACUUAUGAGUAUAUAAUCUUUUUUUACCUACUUUGUAACACUUGUAUGUUAUGUCAUAUUUAUUUUACAGUAUGAUAUUUAUUGUUUUAAAUCCUAUUAAUUUUUUCUAAGACACCACAUAGUAAACAGCAGAAAGCGCUCUGAUAUUUGUAUUACAUUCAUCAGUUAAUAUUUUGAAUGUACUUUUUUGUUAUAAAACAUUCCUAAUAAAAAGUUUAUAUGAAAUUUAA